GUGUUCCAAUGCCCUGUCUGCAUGCACGUCUUGAACAACCCUCUCGUGCUCUCCUGUGGCCAUCGGUUCUGCAACUCAUGCGUAUCAGCAGCGGCUUACUUCGGGCAGCACUCAUGCCCUGUCUGCCGCAAGGAGUGCGUGCUCAACGAUGACAACAUCAAGAUCGAGACGCUCCUGGGGCGUUUCUUACAGAACCACUUC